AUGGUUCGCGCCUCCUCUUACAUCGGCUCCCUUGCCGUCCUCGCCGCUUCGGCGGUGGCCAAGGAGGUCCAGCCCAACGAGGCUCUUGCUGCCGAGUUUUACGACUCUGGCAUCAUCCACCAGCAGAUCAUGGCUAACAAGAAGGCCGAGUUUGCCCGCCAGAAAGAGGCCGGUGCCUACAACAGUGAGAAGUGGCCCGAGCUGGGUUACACUCCUUGCGUCAACGGUUGGGCCGAGGCCGUCGUUGGUGACCGCAACAACACCUUCCGUUGCCACAACGCCGACCUCUACUCCUUCCUCAGCCACGCCGCCCUCGGUGACGAGCUCGGUGAGGGUUCCUCCUCGUGGGGUUGGACCUCUGAGGAUGGCCGCGAGUUCGUCGCCAUCGGUCAGUUCCAGGGCACUGCCUUCGCCGAGAUCAACUCCGACGGCAAGCUCAUUUACCUGGGCCGUCUGCCUCAGUACUCCGUGCCCUCCGAGUGGCGCGAGAUCCGUUCUUACAAGAACUACAUGGUCAUAGGCUCCGAGGCCCUGGACCACGGUAUCCAGAUCUUCGACAUGAAGAAGCUCCUGGACAUCGACCCUGCCAGCCCCGUCACUUUCGACGCCAAAAAGGACCUGACCGGUCACUUCAACGCCCUCCUGCCCCUGGGCCGUGCUCACAACGUCGUCAUCAACGAGGAGCUUAACUACGGUGUUGCCGUCGGUGCCUGGCCCCGUGGUGACCCCAUCUGCAACUCGGGUCUGAACUUCUUCGACCUGACCAACCCCGCCGACCCCGUCUCCCUGGGUUGCGCCAAGGACGACGGCUACGUCCACGACGCCCAGUGCCUCGUCUACCGCGGCCCCGACAAGCGCUACCAGGGCAGGGACAUCUGCUACGGCUACAACGAGGACACCCUCACCAUCUACGACGUGACCGACAAGGCCAACGUCACCAACAUCAUCUCCCGCAUCUCGUACGAGGGCGCCUCCUACACCCACCAGGGCUGGGUCCUCGACGUCAACAACCAGGAGUUCCUCGUCCUCGACGACGAGCUCGACGAGGUCCGCGGCAACGGCCCCGGCGGCGACGGCUACCCCGUCACCUUUAUCUGGGACAUCCGCGACCUCGAGAACCCCAAGCAGACCGGCGAGUUCAAGCAUCCCAUCAAGGCCAUCGACCACAACCAGUACGUCAUCGACAGCUACAUCUACCAGUCCCACUACGGCGCCGGUCUCCGCGUCCUCGACGGCCGCUCCAUCCCCUCCGACCCCACCGGUGCCGGCGUCUGCGAGGCCGCCUGGUUCGACAUCUACCCGGAGGACGACCACCUCGAGGGCGGCGGCUACGUCGGCUUCGUCGGCUCCUGGUCCUCGUACGCCUACUUCCCCUCCGGCUACAUCUUCGUCAACACCAUCGAGCGCGGCGCCUUCGUCGUCAAGCUGACCGGCAAGGACUGCCCCAAGCCCCCCACCUGCAGCGCCGACAACUGCCUCCGCUCCUUCCGCGCCGAGUCCGUCCCGGGCCGUCUCGCCGAGUCCCAGGCCUUCUGCAAGACCUUCCUCAACUCCCCCGUCAAGGACGUCGCCGCGCUCCCCGACCACGCCGUCAAGAACUGCGCAAAGGAGGACAAGGUCGCCCAGGCUAGCAGUGCCUGCGCCUGCUUGCCCACCGCCACUCCUGCUCCUUGA